UCUCUUGGUAUUGUUAGCCUGUGGCUUGUUUGAUAAUCCAUUCAUCUUGUAGAAUAUUCAAUGUGCUAUAUCUCUAUAUACAUUUAGAUUUAUUACGUUUACUACCCGCAUCAAUGGAGUCUCUUGCGUUUGGGAAAUGGGACUACACAGUGUUUGGCGUCAUGGUGGCCGUGUCUGUGAGCAUCGGCAUAUACUACGCCAUUGUGAGCAGGCAUGGUAGGCUGGACGAAUACCUUCUGGCUGGACGUUCGAUGACCUUCCUUCCCGUCGCGCUGUCUUUGAUGGCGACGUUCACUUCGUCAAUUACCAUGGUUGGAGCGUCAGCAGAGGCCUAUGGCCAUGGCAUCAUGUGGAUUCUCAGUGAGAUGGCCUUCUCCGUGGGAAACCUUCUGGAAAUCUUCCUUCUUUUGGCACUUCUGAGGAGACUCAAUAUCUCUAGCCCGUUCCAGUUCCUUGAGGGCCGCUUCAAGUCUCGAGCUCUGCGCCUCAUAGUGACAGUGCUUGGAUGUGUUGAGAACCUUUUCUACUUGGGCAUCAUCUUGUUUGGACAAGGCAUGGCAUUGGAGGCAGUGACGGGCUUCUCUAUGACCUGGUCGAUCCUAGUCACAUCAGCAGCUGCUGUUCUCUACACCACCAUUGGUGGUCUGAAAGCUGUGAUUUGGACGGAUGUCCUCCAGUAUAUGCUAAUGUUUAUCGGCAUGCUGGCGGUAAUCAUCAAGGGUACAAUUGAUAGUGGAGGAAUCGAGGAAGUUUGGUCCAGGAUAAUGGAUGGAGAGAGACUGACAUUCAUAUUUGACAUCGACCCGACAAUUCGCCAUACCGUAUGGAACCUCAGUCUAGGCAGGGUGGUCACUGGAUUUGGUUGGCUGUUCAAGCCUGCAUAUCUUCAGCGGAUAACAUCCACAAAGUCACUCACUCAGGCCAGAAGGCACGAUAGCAAGUUCAAUGAUAACUUAAAACGCAAAAGUAUUUAUGUUAUUCUACAGGUAUUACCCUUCAUGAUGCUCGACAUUUUCCGGAACCUGCCAGGAAUGCCGGGCCUCUUUCUUGCAGCAGUCUUCAGUGCUUCUCUCAGAUUUAUUACAGUGCCUCUUCAGUGA